AUGUUUCUUGGGGCGAUCCGGAGGCCGGACAAGGCCGCGGCUCACAGGCAGCUGAAGACCCAUCUGGCCAUAAUGGGGGCCGUGAUCGCCGCCAUCCGGGUGACGCCCAUCAUCCUCCACCUCCUCACCAAGGAGAAGGAGGAACUGCGCCUCGAGCUCUAG